AUGCCCGCUCCGAUGUCAGAGGAGGAGCGCCAACGGAUAUCUGGUAAUAGCGCUCUCAAGAGAGCUGAAUCAGGCUUCCGCAGGGCACCGCUCCCACGUAGUAGCACCACCCCCGGCGCGAUUGUAUCGGCCAUGGAAAUCACACAGCCUGGAAGUAGUGCGAAGCUACUUGCUGCUAAAGAUGGGGAUACUAAGAAGUCUAAGAGAUCAAAGAAGAAGGCAAAGAAGGAUAAGAAGAAGGAGGGGGAGGCAGAAGAGCAAAAAGACGGGGAGACAGAGACCGAACAGCCGAAGCCCAAAAUGGAGGUCACGGUCAAACACCUUGAAAAGCGCUUCGACGACCAGGGCCACCGUUAUCUCACGGAACCUGGCUCCGAACCUCCAAAGAAGGCGACGGAAGAUAAAUGGGCGAAUUACAUCCUCUGUGAGAUCACUCAUUUCAACUGGGAGCAGAAGGUUUGCCAGCGGUCGCUGGAAGUCAAGAGUAAGCACUUGAAAGCUGUCCUUAGGAAAGUCAUUGGCGAUCAGUACCCAGGCGUGUCGUUUCGAACGGUAGCCAUCAAGUUGUCGUUCCCAUUGAACUCUUUAUACCACUAUCUGGAAGAGCUGAAGGCGGAACUGGAGGUUAUGAAAAAGGCGAGCGCUGCGGAUACGGAAAAGAAGGAGGAGACUAAUGGGGGUGCCAAUGAAAAACCCAAAAACCCGGAAGAGGAGAAACUGAGCAAGGAAGACGCGGAGGAAGCCAUAGCUCACCUUGAAUAUCUCGUCAACUACCUAGAGAUUGAGUUUGAUGAAGUGAUCAAGGAUGUCGCAAAUCUACUCCCACAAGGGUUGAUUAGCUACGAGAUCCUCUGGACUAUCUUCAAACCCGGAAGAGCCAUCUACGCCAGAUCUCACCACGACCAGCAACGCUGUCUGCAAUUUGAGCGCGGCGACUACAUUAACGGUAAUGAGCCGCGCUACAGCUUGGAUGUAAAAUAUGUUGAUUACGACGGAAAGUAUUUCGGCAUGACGCAGACUACUGUCCCCAUAUUGCCCUUCGAAGGCACAAUGAAAAUCACCUCCCUCGCGGCAUUCCCACUGGAAUAUCACCCCAAGAAAGAUGUAGUCAGCAAAUUCCUGAUUGAGAGAGGGCGACGAUUCGAAGGAUUAAAGGGCUGCCACUACAUGGAGUACACGGGCGUCGGCUUGGGCGAGACGAUUAGAUGCGGAAGGGCUCAAUAUAGCAUCAAAGGCAGAGUGAUGUGCGACAAGGCAACAUACAACCGCAUCAACCCUGACCGGGGAAUCAUGAUUGUGCCCCUCCCAGGCCAAGCUCCCCAGAGCGAAGACGGCGAAAACCUCUUCAUGAAAAACAACUGUGAACUUCCUACUACCAAGCCAUUGACCGAUGAACAAUGCCUCCUGGCCUCGUUCCUCAUUUCCGGUUUCGCUCUUUCGGAAAAGAAAUGGGUCGAUUUCUAUAUCGACAACCUGUCCCCCAUUCAGUGGAACGAGAACGCAUUCGACCAGCUUGUUCUCCCGCCUUCACAGAAGUCGCUCGUGCGUGCCCUUGUCGAGUCCCACGUCAGGGACCUAGACGGCUUCGACGACAUCAUCAAAGGCAAAGGCAAAGGCUUCAUCUCAAUCCUGCACGGACCCCCGGGUGUCGGUAAAACGCUCACCGCCGAGUCCGUCGCCGAACACACCCGCCGCCCGCUAUACGCAGUCUCAUCCGGUGAGCUCGGGGUCAAUCCGAAAGACCUCGAGGAUAACCUCUCCAGGAUUCUUGAUGUUGCUACCCAAUGGAAGGCCGUGCUACUCCUUGAUGAGGCAGAUGUGUUCUUGGAAACACGUUCACUCCACGACCUGACCCGUAACUCGCUGGUCAGCAUAUUCCUGAGGCUGUUGGAGUACUACCAGGGGAUCCUGUUUUUGACAUCUAACCGCGUCACGACCUUCGACGAGGCAUUCCAGAGCAGAAUACAUGUUGCACUCAAGUACAACAAGCUAGACAGGGACGCGCGGAUGCAGGUCUGGAAGAACUUUAUGAACUUUGACGACUUGAAGGGCGGGAAGGAGCUGCUUGAGAGCGUGAUAGACCGGGAGUUGAACGGCAGGCAGAUUAAGAACUGUGUGAGAACCGCAAGAUCUCUGGCCGAAUCUGAGGGGAAGAGGGUGGACCUGAGCCAUCUUAUGGUUGUGUUGGACAUCCAGCAGCGGUUUGAGAACGACUUUGGGGGUUUGAUAACGGGGGCUGUGACCAAUGGUAUCAGUGAUACUUCGAACGGGAAGAUGUAA